UUAAAUGAAUAAUUAUCAAGUCUAAAAAUGGAAUUAUUAAAAACAAAUUUUUUGCGCUAUUCUGAAUAAGAAUUUGACAUAAUUGGACAUGUUGUAUUGGACAUAUCCACAGUUUGUAAAAUUUGCUAUAAAUCGUAUCUAAGUAUUCGUAAGCCAUGAUCAAAUUUAUAUGUGUCUGUACAUAACCGUAUACGUGUAACCAUGCAUGCAAUCGCACAUAUGUGGUCGGCGAACUUCAGUUGAAGCAGAUUACUUAACUCUUAUUUGUUGGUCUACUUAUUUUAUCUUCAAUUAGAAUGCCAGUAGAACAAAUUCAGUACUCUGAAAAAUACAGUGAUGAUAGAUUUGAAUACAGGCAUGUUAUACUACCGGUUGAUAUAGCUAGACAUGUUCCAAAAACUCAUCUCAUGACAGAAACUGAAUGGAGAAAUUUGGGAGUUCAACAAAGUCCUGGAUGGGUUCAUUAUAUGAUGCAUGGACCAGAGCCGCAUGUUCUAUUAUUUCGUAGACUGAGAACUGAUCUUGUUACAGCACCUAGAUGUACCACUUUACAAAGAGAGCAGACUAUUGCUUGUUGUAAUUGACUCCGAUGUGAUAAUUGAUUAUGAUGUGUGAAUGCAAAUAAGAUGUAUGUUGAUAUGAGAUUGUAUUCUAAGUUUUUAAGUAUUUAUUAAUAGCAAAAAAAUUAUUACAGCAUAAGAAUAUAUAUCUUCAUAAUUUCUUCUAAUGAAUAUCUUUUGGAAAAACAUUUAUAAUUUUGCAAAAUCUUUUCUUUUUCAAUAAAUUUAAGAAAGCAGACACAAA